CAAAGUUACCACGCUGGUCACCCUAUUCUCUAGUUUCAAUUUUUCUUUCAUUUGUCUAAAUUUGCAUCUCUCUCUUGGUACUAAAUGCUAAUGUACUAAAUGCAAAUGUUUUCCUUUUACACUGGUUGUUCCUUUUUUCUUUUUUGUAAAUAAAUUUACUUCUAUUCUAACCAGCAAACACAACUGUCUUGGUAAGAUUCGUUUCCAAAUUCUCCACCGAAUUUUGUUCAAUAAAAUUCCAUUGUUUGGCAAACUCCUUUUCUAAAACAUCUUGUUUUUUUUUCUUUCUUUGGUUUUUUUUCAUACAACUCCGAGGAGAAAUUAUUCCUGCAUUAAAGAAUAUUAUUUCCUCGUUUCGGCAACAACUAACCCUCCCAGCUUUUCCAGAAAAUCCGUUUAGGCGUGUUCAUUUUGGUCCAUCGUACCGGAUAAUUGGAUAGCUGUUGCAAAUUCCACAAAUUAAAUUUCUUCGCUUCAUCAAUUUCAUCAAAAAAAGAACCAUGCCUAAAUCGAACAGCUCCAGUCGCAUCAGUCAUUCCCGUGCCAACCAAGCUCCUCACAGAAAGGGACGUUUCCUCUGCCGUCUGUGCCAGCGUCCGCAUCCAUUACGAUUGUGCAGGAAGUUUUUAGAUAUGACCAUGGCGGAUCGGCUGAAUGCUGUACGGCGGCAUAAAUACUGUGUGAACUGCCUGGCUCACGGACACUCACAUGGUACAUGCUUUAGCGAUCGCGGCUGCCAUCACUGCCACAAAUUCCACCACACAUUGCUGCAUGUGAACCCCAAGCUCCGUGACCAGCUUCUGCCAGGAAAUUCGUCGUCUCGGUCCCAAUCUCGCUCGGUGUCACCACAGCCAUCUACAUCAACGAGAUCUACUUAUCGCGCUGUUGAACGUACUAGGCCCGCCGUUUCGUCCCAAGGAUCCCUAACAUCAUUGAUCCACAAGAACACUAUAAUAUUAUUGCCCACAGUUCUGGUUCGGAUCGACGCGAAAGUGAUGGCCCGAUGCUUGCUGGAUUCGGGUUCGUUGGUGAGCCGCAUAGCCCGGGGUUUCGCCGACAAGCACAAGUUAGCGCGGCUUACUUUGAGGGAGGAGACCAUUUGCGCGCUUACACUCUACUCUAGGCAUGAUUCGUCCGUGAAGAUUGAGGGCACUUUUCGUGUGGAUAAUCGGAUCGCGAUGAAGACUCCACUCGAAUCACUUCCGGAAGACUACCACAAGCACUUCCCGCAUUUGCUGUUCGCCGAUCCGGACUUCCACAAAUCUGCCGGCAUCGAUAUUGUCAUCGGAGUGGAUCUUUAUCCGAGGGUAAUGUCAGAAGGGGUGUAUUCACGCAGCGCCUUGCCCACUGCUCAGAGUACCAUUUUCGGGUGGGCGAUCUAUGGCUCCUGUUCGAACUGAACGAUUCAUUGUAUUUAUUAAUAUUUUCUUCGAAAUGAAUUCCACCAAUAAAUGAAGUUUCUCACAUGCACUAUUGUUUUUCCUCCUUCCCAAAAAGCACAAACUUUCCUUUUCAGCAUAUUUAGUAUCCAGUGGUUACAGACCUAGCGAAUCUAUGUGGCUGAGCUGUUCACACUGAAGGAAGACUGCAUCCUGGUACCAGCCCGUUUACCAUUAUAUAUAUCUAAUCUUUCAAUAUAUCAAUUUUUUUUUGUAAACAAGAGAGAGUGCUAGUUUUUGGUCUAAUUUCUUUAGUUGCAGUUACUGCAAGGGGGCCGGUAAUGUUAACGCCAAAGUUACCACGCUGGUCACCCUAUUCUCUAGUUUCAAUUUUUCUUUCAUUUGUCUAAAUUUGCAUCUCUCUCUUGGUACUAAAUGCUAAUGUACUAAAUGCAAAUGUUUUCCUUUUACACUGGUUGUUCCUUUUUUCUUUUUUGUAAAUAAAUUUACUUCUAUUCUAACCAGCAAACACAACUGUCUUGGUAAGAUUCGUUUCCAAAUUCUCCACCGAAUUUUGUUCAAUAAAAUUCCAUUGUUUGGCAAACUCCUUUUCUAAAACAUCUUGUUUUUUUUUCUUUCUUUGGUUUUUUUUCAUACAACUCCGAGGAGAAAUUAUUCCUGCAUUAAAGAAUAUUAUUUCCUCGUUUCGGCAACAACUAACCCUCCCAGCUUUUCCAGAAAAUCCGUUUAGGCGUGUUCACCUUCCAUAUUUCAUUAUUACCGUGCUUGGUGCAUCAAAUAUGUAAAAUCGCCCGCGAAUAUAUAUGGGAGCUAUAUCCAAAUCUUAACCGAUUUCUAAUUAAUUGGACACAUUUAUUAUUGCAACCAAAUUCCGCCACCCAUUCUGA